AUGAAGCUCCUUAUUCUCACCUGCCUUGUGGCUCUUGCUGUUGCCAGACCUAUGGUAGAAAAGAUUUCAGAAAGUGAGGAACAUGUCACUGAAAACCCUGAGAAGCACCUCAAAAGGAGAGAGAACAUCCCACUAAAGAAUGAACAACACCUUGAACUCAACCGUUAUCUUCUGCCUCAAUCUGAAAUGAUGAAUCUUUAUUAUGACCCUUUUUAUUGGUUUCAAAAAAUGAAUAACCUCAAGAUGACCAACCUUCCAAAAGACAAGAGAAUGGCUGUCCAGAAAUCUAUUGUCUCAGAGGAUAUGCUCCCUCCUUUUCAGCAUAAACUUCUGCCUGUUUCUAAGUCAAAAGACCUGCCUCUCCUUCGCCUACAGAGCCUGCCUUUCCAGACUCUCAGAAUGCUGCCCCUCCCUCACAAACAGAUGACCAUUGCUAAGAGGGAGAUGCAGCCCAUUUCUGAGAGAGACCCUCUGCUAGUUAACGAGAGAGAAAAUCUACCUGUUCACGAGACAGAGCUUCUCCUUGCUCUUCAGAGAGAGAUGCCAAUUGUUCAGCCAAGAGACAUUCUUCUAGCUCCCGAAAGAGUAAUUCGAGCUGAACGUGAGAGAGAGAUUCUACGUGAUAACGAGAGAGAGGUUCUCCUCCCUGUUCACAAGAGAGAGAUUCUGCCUGUUCUUAAGAAAGAUAAGAUUCUGUCUCUUUCCCGGAGAGAGAAUGUACCUCUUCAUCUGAGAGACACUAUUGAGCCAAGAGAAAUUUUGCCUGUUGUCCCACAGGAAGUCAUGCCUGAAGUAGUGAACCUUGAAGUCUAUCCAUUGCUUCAACCAAUGGCCAACUUUUAUUAUUCCACUGAAAUGAAUGAGGUAAAUUCAUUUAUCAUAUGCCAUUGA